AAAAUGCAAUCGUACUUCGUUCAAUUUGUUUAGCAGGCGGGGAAAGGAAAAUCCAUACCAUGCGUGGAUUUGUCCUUUGCGAGUUUUCGAUAUCUAAAAGAGAUAUGCUAGCUGGGAUGUGCAGUGAAGAGCGUUUGGACUGAAGCGGAUUUAAUAUUUAAAUCAUGGGUUGUCUAGAGAAAAACACAAUUUUAGAUUAAAAUUGAACGUCUGUGGCCCACACGCGGGCAUUUUGGUGAAGCUAACUAGCAGUAAUGUGGCUAGUCGCUCGCUGCUAAUGUGGCUAACGUACAUAAUAGCUUGACUUGAAGGUGUUUCAUGCUUGAGGUACAAUGUCUGGAUUUAACUUCGGGACGGGAACACUCGGUGCCACCACCACCGCUGGUGGGGGAUUUUCAUUCGGAGCAGCAACCAGUGCACCUGCGGCUAGUACUGGUGGCUUCUCGUUUGGUAAUGCAUUGGGUGCUGCCGCUGCCACCCCUGCCACGACAACCAGCACAACCACGUCCCUUGGACUAGGAGGAAGUCUUUUUGGCCAGAAACCAUCCGGAGGGUUCUCGUUUAACACGCCGGCCACCGCUGCUGCCGCUCCCACUGCUGGACUAACGUUAGGAGCCCCAGCUGCUACAACAGCCUCAACUGGCUUCGGGCUAACAUUCAACAAACCCACUGGCUCAGCUGCGCCAUUUUCCCUCACCACUGCUACCACCACCUCCGCGUCUGUCCCUGGGGCAGGUUUAACAUUCGGCUCCGUCCUGACAUCGACGGCACCGCAGCAGCCGGCAGCGACAGGCUUCUCGCUCGGGCUUGGGAGCGCGACGACCACAGCGACUGCAGCAACCGUACCUUCGUUGGGCUCGGGCCUCUUUUCCAGCACGGUCGCUACAGGUUUGGGUCAGACCACUCUUGGAGGAGCAGGAGGGGGGUUAACAUUAGGGUCUUUAUUAAGCACCUCGACGGCAGCCCCGGCUCCUAGUAUUGGCCUGGGCGGGAUUGACUUCAGUACCUCCUCUGAAAAGAAGAGUGAUGCCUUAUCUGGAGCCACUGCCCAGGACAGUAAAGCUUUAAAGGAUGAGAACCUGCCUCCAGUCAUUUGUCAAGAUGUUGAGAAUUUCCAAAAGUUUGUCAAAGAGCAGAAACAGGUUCAGGAGGACAUCAGCAGGAUGUCAUCUAAGGCAAUAUCCAAAGUCCAAGAUGACAUCAAGACUCUCAAGCAGCUUAUCUCCGUCAGCGCCAGUGGUCUGCAGCGGCAGGCUCUGGCUAUUGACAAGCUAAAACUGGAAACUGCACAGGAGCUGAAAAAUGCUGACAUAGCACUUCGUACACAAAAGACCCCACCUGGACUGCAGCAUGAAAACACUGCUCCUUCAGAUUAUUUCCGCUGCUUGAUCGAGCAGUUUGAGGUUCAACUGCAGCAGUACCGACAGCAAAUCGAAGAGCUGGAGAACCACCUGACUACACAAAGUAGUGGCUCUCACAUCACCCCUCAGGAUCUGACCAUGGCUAUGCAGAAGUUAUAUCAGACGUUUGUUGCCCAGGCUGCCCAGCUCCAGUCAGUCCAUGAGAAUGUAAAGAUCUUGAAGCACCAGUACCUCUCUUACCGCCGGGCGUUUCUGGAGGACUCGACGGACGUCUUUGAGUCCAAACGGGCGUCAAACAGGAAAUGGCAGAGCACGCUACGUGUGACCACUGGUCCAGCCCCGUUCUCAAGUGUGCCAAACGCUGCAGCGGUGGCCAUGGCAGCCACACUGACCCAGCAACAGCAGCCGAACCCAGGGAACCAGGCACCCUUGGGUGGAGGGUUUGGCAACCCCUUUGCCACAGCAGUGGGCACUAGUUUGGGCUCGACCACUUUGGGAGGUUUUGGUGCAGGGCCAGGAUUUGGUGGGGUGGGGACUGGGGGUUCCUCUUUUGCCUUCGCCUCCACCACUAAGCCUACAGGAGGCAGUCUGAGUGCAGGUUUUGGUGCUACCAGCACCUCAGGCUUUAACUUCAGCAACCCUGGCAUCAACCCCUCAGCAGGACUGACAUUCGGGGUGUCCAACCCGCCCGCUCCCGGUUUCGGCACAGCUGCGCCGUUGCUGCAGCUCAAGAAGCCCCCUGCUGGUAAUAAACGGGGCAAAAGAUGAAAGAAGACCCAAAGAAGUUUAUAUGUUACGCAGUGUUUUUUUCUUAACCUGAUUUUCCAAAAGAAUACACACACUGGACAAACGUUUGGGGUUAGUUUUCCUAUCCUUCAUUAUUGCUUACUGCCUUCCAUUCCAUUCUAUUCUAUUUUAACUAAGAUCUGUAUUCUGAUAGGUCUGUUUGUUACCCAAAGUGCCGCACAUUGGGAAUCAAAAUUUAAGGAAAAUGACAACAUUAUUCAUAAAAAUGCCAUUUAUGAGGUAGGACCAAAUCCUUUUUAGAUAAUGACUUUAGGAUAGAGGUCUACAUAAACUUGCUUUUGGGAAGGUCAGCUUUGUCAUACUGAGCUUGGGUAAAUCUUGUUAAGUUUUGAUAACUUUGCCCCAGCUCCGUCCAGCUUAUCGAGUUAAGGUUAAUAGAAAUGACAAAAAAUAGCCUCAAUAGUUGGCCACUCAGGAGUUCAGCCAGGCAUACUUUUAUUUUUGUAAGAGGUAAAGUGCUAAGUGGAAAUCAUCCUGAUAGUCAUUGAGUCUUGGCACGUUUUUGUUAUUGUUUUGUUUAGACAUGCAAUGAAUAAUUUCGGUCAAACAAAUGCUGUUUAUCUCAAGAUAGUCAAAUCUUACAGAUGCGUUGUUCAGUUUUCAUGCAAACCUUUGUCGUGUGACUGCUAAUGUUCAUGUGUACAAUUGAAACGUUUCUUUGUAUUCAUUUUUGUCUAAUCAGCGAUUUAUGGUUGUUGGACUUUUAUUUUCCGAUCACUAUCUGUACAACUAUUUUGAAAAAGUUGUUUGAUAAUAAACUUUAAUAUAUGAUAAUCCUGUCUGUGG